AGAGAGAGAAAAAUCAAAUGAAAUAAAAGAAAAGAGAAAACCUAUUUUUGUAUUGCAAGGAGAUUACUCCAUCGAGUUUAGUAGGAGAGAGAGAAGGGUUUGGGAUAAGAGAGAUCGCUGUGUUUACUGCAAUGAGGAUGUCACAAAUUUUUCCAGACAUCUUUUCAGGAAACAUUCAGAAGAAGAAUGCGUCAAAAAAAUUUUGAACUUUCCCAAGAAUCAUUCGAGUAGAAAAAAAUUAAUCAAUUCAUUGAGAAAAGAUGGUAAUUUCAGUCUUUAUAUAGAAAACACUAUAAGACCUGUUCAAAGGCCUUCAACUUUGACAUCAGGAAAUCUCAAUUAUUAUCCUUCUGGAAGUUCAUCAAAAUGGAUCGAUGGGCCAAGUACGUUGAGGAGAUAUGCUAAAUCAUGUGGUGCCGAAAAUCCAGAGACUAUAACUUCUUCCAGACUAAGGAAACAGAUAGCUACUGUUCUGCAAAUUUUGAAUUUGAGUGAGGUAGAAAUGGAACAAAUAGCAAAAUUUAUGGGCCAUACGAAAAAAACACAUGAACAAUUUUACAGGUUACCUCAAGAUUUGUUUCAAACCUCAAAAGUGGCAAAGUUACUAUUGAUGACGAUGGAAAAAGGCAUAAGUACCGAAGAACAAGGAAAGACAAUUGAAGAAAUUGAUUUUGAAUUAGGAACUUGGGAAGAAAAUGAAAAAAAUGUAGAUAAUGAGGAUGCAUCUGUUUUGCCUCCCGAUGACUCUACAAUGGAGAUUCAAGAGAACCCAUAUGAAUCGGAACUGAGAGUUUCUGAACUGACAAUAGCUAGAGAUGACUUCAAAGACCGCAAAAAACAUCUUCGAGGGACAUGGGAUAAGGACCAGAAAAAAAUAAUGCAGCAAUACUUCAAAAAUCAUAUCAAGAAAAAGAUUGCACCGAGAAAAGGAGAAUGUUUAGAAUUCAAAGAGAAAUAUUCGGAGAAAUUUGAAAAUAAGUCUUGGUUACAGAUCAAAACAUUCAUAUAUAAUAGUUAUAGGGUGAAUUGAAAAAAGUUUAUAAUGCUGUGAGGUUUCAAAAUGAGGAAAUGACUCAACAUUCUUUCGAUAUUUCGAAAGCAAUUAUUAAUUCUAUAAGUAUUGAAAAUUUCUCUAUCUGUAUUUCAAUAAUUUGUGAUUAUGUAAACAAUAAAAAAUGGUCUGAAUGAA